UUCCUCGUUACCCGAUAUAAACAUUGGACGGGUCAACCUUUUCAAUGUUUUUCUUUGGAAAGUGAAAAUCCUAAUCUGAAAAGCCCUUUCGGAAAAAAUUGUUUUGUUCAUCAGAAAAAGCUAUAAAGAUAUUCGAGGAAGUCAAUCAGGAAAAUGAUGGUCUCACGCCGACCUCGAAGGACCAGGGAAGUCACUGGUCCAACACCAUGUUCAGUAGCUAUCAUAGCCAGGCCACCAAACAAAAGGCCUCCAGAGCAUCUGAUCUUGGAACGCAGAAAGAAAGAAGAUAUGCUUGCAGAAUAUCAGAAAAAUACUCAGUAUAUUGGAGUGAAUGACUUGAAGAAUGAGUGGGAAAGAUGGACGGACAGGAAAUACAAAAUAAACACAUGCAAGAGGAAAGUGGAUUCUAUGAUGAAAACAAACCAAUUCACAAUAGAAGAUAGACGAGAAAGAUUGCGGCAGAUGCUACGGGAGGAAGAGGCUCAGUAUUUAGCAGAAAUGGAAUCCAAAGAAGAGACAACCAUUGAGAGACAGGCCAAAAUGAGAGAGCGUGCUCGUUCACUGAAAGAUAAGCGGGAACAAGAGAGACUGGCAUAUGUACAAGACAAAUAUGAUCAACAGUUCAGAAACCAAUGUGAAGAGCUUCGAUCUACACUGUCAAAGCGCCAGCAAGAUGAAGUGUGUGUCGAGCGCUUGGAACAAAUCCGUAUCAAGGAAGAGAUUGAAGCUGAACGUAGCCAGGAGGAACAGAUGUAUGCUCGCCUCUGGGAGGAGGACAUGUUGGCCAAGGCUGCGAGGGAAGAACGUGACGCCAAGGCCGCGCACCAGAGGAACGCUGAGGUGCUUGCAGUACUCAGGAAGCAGAUGGCUGCACUUGAAGCCACGAAAGAGGAGGCCCUCAGACUCAAGGAGGAGGAGGCUCAGCUUCUGAGAGAACAGAAUGCCCUACGAGCAGCUGAGGAGCAGAGAAAGCGUGAAGACAAACUUCGCAACCAGAGGCAGACUCGGGAGAUGUUGGACCACUCACUGCAGUUGAAGAUGAAGAAGAAGGCUCGCCUGGAACAGGAGGAGCUGGCGUUCGACCUGAAGAUGCUAGAACAGCUACUUGAGGAGUCUCGCAACGAGGCCAUGGAACAGGUGCAGAGAAAGCGUGAGCUCCGUGAGGAGGAUCGUCGUUACCGUGAGAACCUGGCACAGAUCUACGAGGAGGAGCGCAUUCGUGAGCGCGAGCUGGAGGCCCUCAUUCAGCAGGAGGUGGAGCGCAUGUGGCAGAAGCGGCUUGCCCAGUGGAAACUGGAACGCGAGGCCAGGAAGAAACUGAUGCAGGACGUUCUUGCUAUCCGAGCCCAGCAGGUCCAGGCUAGAUUGGUUGCAAAUCAUCGCAAGCAGGAGGAGGCCCAGGUGGAGCGUGAAGAACUGCAGAGAAUGAUCGAGGAAAAUCGACGCCACGACGAGGAGGAGGCUGCUCGCAAUCGGGAAAAACACUUGAACUACCAGCGAGACCUGGCUGGACAGAUUGAACACAACCAGGCAAACGCCCGGGAUCGGUUUGAGCGCGAGGAGAAUGAAUAUUACAUGGGCAUGCAGGCUGAACGCGAGUACCAGCAACGUCUUAAGACAUGCCUGGAUAAUCCCUACGAUGAAAAGAUGCACCCGAUGAGAAGGGCAAUGGCUCAAAAGUCAGCUUAAGCCAUUUUUAUGGAUAAGCAGAUGUUUUGCGUGAAAAUAAAAUAUUGAUAAAAGGAAAUUUAAAGCUUAUGAAUAUUUCAUGUCCAUGAGAACUUAUUGCUUUUAAAUGUUAUGAAAGAAUUAAAAACAGGAAAGAUAAGCUUACAACUUUUGUUUCCAUUUAUUAUAAAUAUUGCUUUUCAAUGUUAUGAAUAAUGUUUAUGAUUUUUGUUGGCAAUUUUGAAGAUUAACAAAAAACGUUGCUCUAAUGCUCAAAGGAUGAUAGUUUGUCUCGUCUCAUCAGUUUUGGGCUUUGAUGUCUGUGAUAUGUAAAAUAACAAAAAAAAUUGAUUUCUGCAAUUAUUGUGUAUCAUUUUGACUUUCAUUUCAAGGAAAUGACUCUGCUGACACUGCUGAUUUUCAUGUCAAAAUAAACUGUGUUCCUCUUUUAGGCAAAAGAAUGUUUUUGCUAGAAAUAAACAUUUUGUAGAAUGAAUUUUUACACAGUAUUUCGAUCUAUAAAUUGAAACCAGUAUUUCGGAACUUAUGGUAAUUUGAUCAAGCCUGAUCAAUUCAUGAUCAUGUAGAUCGAGAUGUAUUAUUUGAAGAAAAUAUGAAAAUAUUGUUAUAAUGUGAAUCUGUUGUUUUUUAUUUUUGCAAACAAAUGCAUCUAAAAUUAUUGUGAUAGCAGAUAUUUUUUAUCUUUAUCACUUGUCCUUACAGGAUAUAUUUAAUUUACUUUUUAAAAAAUGCAUAUCUUGAGAAAUAUUUCAUGAUGGUUUUGGAAUUUUAAUGUUUGUUGUCACAGUAAUUUCGGCUGUUUUUAUGUGCAGAUGUUUGGCAACAUGUACUUUUGUACAUGUAUGUAUAUUUAUGAAUUUCUUUUUUGUUGACCUGUGAUAUACCUUAUUAAAGUAAGCACAAUAAAAUAUUAAUACUGAAAACACUGUUACGUAUCAUUUUGCGUCUCGUUUGCUCAGAAUUCAAUAAGAUAUAAUGCAUUUAACCAGUUGAAAACCCGUUGGCUUGACAUCCCAGGGACCCGCCAAAAUAAUUUGAGCCUCAUAAAUAUCGAGCGAAGUGAUAAUGCCUGCACAGAGUAAAACAAAAUCGGUUCUUGACAUCCAGUUUGAGCCAACGAGGAAAUUAAGCCAAGCGAUAUGAAGCCAAUGGGUUUCGACCAUACUUUUAGUUCAGGCACUUAAGUUAACACACCAGUCAAUUAAGCACCAAAUGAUUAGAAACCAAAUAUGAGCAGUGUGUUUAAGACAACUAAUAAGUAAGUAGCUUAGCAGACCCUGCUGGUGUAUCUCUAUUAAGAAUUUUUUAGGGUGUUGUCCAGUUUCAGUGACACUUGUUAUAUUUAGCAGAUUUUAAAACUGUAAACCUCGUUUGUCGCUAAUAAACUCUUCAAAACA